AUUCGGUCGUCUGCGUAUUGGACCAAUGGUCCGUUUUGACAAAAAAUAUGUACAGCGUUGAGCUACCUGUAAAGGGAAGGCGAUCGUAAGAUUGGGCACAGAAUGUUCAGAAUCACUUAUGGCGGCCACAUAGUGCUCGGUUCUCGUCAUGUGUCGAGGUAGAAGAAUGUUAGCGUUGAUUUGAUGUGACGGAAUCAAAAUCGUCUUACCAUCUACUUUACAUAAAUUGUUUUGAUCACACGAAAGGUUGUGUAUUUUAUACGAAGGGAAGCUCCCCCAGGGAACAUACACGAACGCGAUUGGAGUUAUUCCAUUUCUGUCGGACAUGAAAAAAAUGUAACUAACAGUAUUUGGAGUUUAGAUGAAUUGACAAGGAUAUGACCAGUAUCUAAUGGCUGUGCCUAUUUUGGACGGAAUUAUAUGUGUACGAUUGUGUACGAGGAGGACAAAUUCUAUGUUCCAUGAGUGUUGUUGUGUGGAUGUAUGAAAUAAACAGCGCGCAUGUGUCGUAUGUUUUGGGAGGAUAGGAUGAGGAUACAUUGGUGCAUAGAUAGCAUGAUCAGGUGCAGUUAACGGGUAUUACGGCAUAGACUUAAUCUCGGAUAUGUAUAUCAACAAGUGUGUUUACAUGAUAAUAUCCAGGUGCGAAACACGUGUACAGGUGUACUAAUAUAACUGUGUAUUUACGAUUAGGAGGAGACGUUAGUGUCAAUUUGUACGAUUACAGACACGGACUACUGAAAAGAAGUAGGCUAUAUCUACACUGAUGUGCGAAUUUGAAUACCUGAACUAGGUGUCAGGUACGCCCAGGUGUUACAGAUGUCGGCAGUGCUUCCUAGCGCGCCCGAUUCAUUAUCACACCCAUCGCCUACUCAUCCUCUUCGCUCACCUGUCCAGCUUCCCCACUCGAGCACCAUGCAACGUAAUUAUGCCUUUGCUACGUUGCCUAGUUACCUGCGGUACGCUCGCAGAGAAACCAUAAAAGCAGACGUUGCCAAGGAUACCACAGCUUACGCCAAUAUCAGGCAGAAAAUCAGUUCUACAAGCCUAACAGUUCCUUAUGAGAAAGGACUGGACACCCUUAGAGCACUUCAACGCUCAAAUAACACUUCAACAGCAGAGCUUGGAUCCAUUUUAAAACUUCAAAAACGACGGACAGAGACAAUCACGUAUAACAGAAUUUCGGCAAAACAAAUCAUCAGUGAUGUGCUUACAACCGGGAGGCAACCGUCACGAACCCGGCUAGGAUCAGAAGGUGGUUCUUCUGUCCGGAGUACGGAAUCAAAACAGUCCAAGGUCAAGGCCAUACGGACAAGACUACCGUACCGGAAGGACAGGAUAGAUUCGGAGACGAGUAGCAUUGCCUCUAGAAGCAGACCUACUUCAUAUACAAGUUGGUAUACGGACGAUUCUUUAUGGGGCGAUAAACUAGACGAAAUAAAGGAACGUUACGCCGAUAGCAGUGACUUUAUUACGUCUAUGCGCCGUGAUAAAGCUGACAGCAAAAGUGACGUCAAAAGUGACGUCAGUGAAUCAGAUCUCGCGCCACGAUUCGACGUUAAUAGUACUUCACCUGACACCAUCAAAAUCAAACAUUCGAAAAAGAAAAAUCCGAAGUUAAAGAAAGCAGGAUUUUUACCAACAAUUCCAAUUCAUGACGAGGAGCAACGGAGUAGGGACGGCAGUUGGUCAAGUCAUACAACGGGAAGUAGCAAGUCCACAAAAAUGAAUGUAAACUUCUUGUGCAAAGAAAACCUCGAUAAAAGGUACAUCCCGAAAAGGAGAAAGGUUGAAUUUAAUCUAAAGCCAAAACGACCAGUGAGAUUACCACCCAUACAAUCAAAGAAGGAAACAAAACUUUACAAAAAACCGAAAUCAAUUUUGAAAAAAUACGAUGAUGUUUUGGACGGUCUGCCGCCAUCUCUUUCGCCUUCCCCUACGUUCGGAGAGACGAGGGAGGGAAAUCUAACAUCCAGCUGGCAGGUUCAUCUCCCCCGUUUAAGGUCACCAGUUCCGAGUGCACGGAGACAAGCUAUGUGUUUUCAAAGAAAGAGUAUCAAAGUGAAAUGUAGUAAAGAAUUUGAAACUGUAGCUAGUGACAUUCAAUCUGAUAAAAACGAAACGUGACUCGUGAUUUGGCUGUAUGGAUAAUAUUCGGGCUGCAUUUAUUCUGUGUAAUGGUGUAAUGCAAUCUCGUUAAUCCUCGUUAAUCAAGGCAGAUUGGAUCCAGUAUAAAGAGUUAUAUUGAUUUUCGCGACGACUUAAGGCUACAUGCUACUCUGACGUGAAGCAUACAGUAUAUCUAUUAUACAGUAACGUUUAAGAAUUACAGUUUGAACUUGGAUAUCUUUGUCGAGACAUUUGGAGGAUACACAAGAAUUUAUGACGCUUUAAAAUGAGCCAAGAAUUGGUAUUACACUUGUAAAGACACAAAUAUAUGUUUUAACAACACGAAAUUAGAGAACGCAACCAAAUUCACUAUUAUUGUUAUAAUAUUUUUUAUAUCAGUUUAGCUUUCAUGGCAUUUAGGGAGACGACUUUCUUCGCGAGGCUCCCCCUGAUAAACUUGACUUACGGUAUUCUUCAGUUGGAAACAAUAAUUAAUUUGUGAUGAUAUAUUGUGCAACUAUCGAGUAAAAUUCGUGUGCAAAUAUUUACUAUGGAGUUAAAUUCGCCGUACCUAAUUGUUAAAGUAUUCGAUGAAUGGGAAGAUAAAGAGUCCCCUGUGAAGUUCUCAUUUCAGAUCUCUGUGGAUAACGUCACAGGUAAAUACUGUUUCUCGGGUUAGUAUAGUAAAGAUGUGUAAACAGGUAUAAGAUCAGAUUUCUGUAUGGGCUCUAACUGUCGUAUUAAAUACAUUGAAUCAUCUC